AUGACAGAGAUCUGCCAGUUGCUGCAGAUGGCACAGACAUCCUCGACAAGCGUCCACCAUGACGUGUACCAGAGGCUAGAGCAGUACGAGCAGAUGGAAGAGUUCAACUGCUAUCUGAUGUUUGUGCUUGUGCACAUGACGGCUGCUGCCGAGAACGUGCGGGCUGCGGCAGGGCUCCUCCUCAAGCGCAAUGUCAUGCACGGGUUUACGCGGCUGCCGAGUGAUGUGCAAACGUACAUCAAGAUGCAGGUUGUGCAGGUGAUUGGCAAUGAGCACGCGCUCAUCCAGGCGACUGCGGGCGUGAUCAUUGCGACGAUCAUCGACAACAUCAACUUUUCGGGAUGGCCCGAGCUCCUCGACGGUCUCUCGUCGAUGUGUGACUCGGACAACGAGCUCGACGUGGUCGGCUCGCUGUCGGUGAUGCGCAAGCUCUGCGCGGACCAUGCGUAUGAGAUCCACCGAUUCCAGAACGGUAUGGCGCUCGAGUACCUAGUGCCCAAGUGGAUGGCGUUCUUUACGCACGGGAACCACAAGAUCCGGCGCAACGCGCUGGCGUGCGUCAAGGAGUUUAUCCUGCUCCGGUCUUCCGGCUUUCUCAAGGUGGCGGAGGACUUUGUGGCAGGUCUGUACCACCUGGCGACGGACGAGCACGUACCGAUUCAGCGGAUGGUGUGCGACGCGAUGGUGCAGAUGCUCGAGGUGCGUGCGGACUUGUUCCUGGACCAGAUGGACCAGGUGGUGCAGUACAUGCUGGUGUGCACGGCAUCGGACGACGAGCUCCUUGCGCUCGAGGCGUGCGAGUUCUGGGCGACGUUUGCCGAGGCUGCCGUUGCCGAGAAGCUCAUCCGGCCACAGCUCGACGUCCUUGUCCCGGUCCUGCUCAAGAACAUGAUCUACUCUGAGUUUGACCUUCUCAUGCUCGGCGGUUUUGAGGACGACACGCACGAGCCGGACCUUGCCAAAGACAUUGCGCCGCGGUUCCACGCCUCUGCCAUGGUCUCGCACGGACACGAGCAGCUCUCGGACGACGAGGAGGAGGAAGAGGGAGCGGACCAGUAUUCUGCCGAGUGGAACCUGCGCAAGUCUGCGGCGGCGGCUAUUGACGUGCUCGCGGGAGUGUUCAAGGAGGAGCUCCUCCCGCACGUCAUGCCGGUUAUCAUGGAGAUGAUGAACUCUGAGGAGUGGUCCGAGCGCGAGUCGGCCAUUCUUGCGCUCGGGGCUAUUUCGGUGGGGUGCGGCGCCGGGCUCGCCGAGUUCCUACCCGAGACGCUGAGCCACUUGCUCGGCGUGACGCUCGAGGACCCUGUUCCGCUCAUUCGCAAGAUCACGUGCUGGACGCUCUCGCGGUAUGCCGAGUGGGUGGUGUGGAUGGAGCAACCGGAGGAGACGCUCUACCCGUUUGUGCAGGCGCUGCUGGGGCGCGUCCUCGACCGCAACAAGCAGGUGCAGGAGGCGGCGUGCUCGGCGCUGGCUGUGGUAGAGGAGAAGGCGUCGACAGCCCUCAUUCCGAUGUUUCCGGCCAUUCUCAACACGUACGUCCAGGCCAUGGAGAUGUACCAGAUCCGGUCGCGGCGGCUGUUGUAUGACGCCAUUGGCGCGCUCGCCGAGAACACCAACAAGGAGCUGCGGCGUGAGGAGUACGCGGCGAUUCUGCUCCCGGCGCUGAUGGCGCAGUGGCAGGCGGUCUCGAUCGACGACCCCUCACUGUUCCCGCUGAUGGAGGCACUGACGUCGGUCUCGUCGGCCGUGGGCAUGUACUUCCUUGACUACGCGCCGGCCGUCUUCCUGCAGUGCGCCACGGUCAUGUCCGAGACGCUCAACGCGUGGGCCGACCCGUCGUCGGUCAACGACUUGCCAUCGAAGGAGUUCCUUGUUUGCUCGCUCGACCUGCUUGCCGGCGUUGUGGACGCCAUCGGCGCCGAGGUUGAGCCGCUGGUGGUGGAGACCAAGAUGAUGGACAUGGUGUGCGCGUGCGUGGUCGAUGACGUCGCUGACGUUCGGCAGUCGGGCUUUGCCGUCCUCGGCGACCUUGCCAAGGCCGUCAUCCACAUUGUGGGUGGCUACCUUGAGCAGCUGCUGCCGAUUCUCAUUCAGAACCUCGACCCGCAGCACUCGUCGGUGUGUAACAACGCGGUGUGGGCCAUCGGCCAGAUUGCCAUGCAGGUGGGCGACUCGCUCGUGCCAUACGUCAACACCAUCCUCGAGCGGCUCAUUCCCAUCAUGAACCGGCCAAAGACCUCGCGCUCGCUUCUCGAGAACACCGCCAUCACCCUCGGCCGGCUCGGCAUCCACUGCACGGACCUCGUCGCCCCGCACCUCGACUCGUUCCUGAUGCCGUGGUGCACCUCGCUCUCAUCGAUCUUUGAUGAUCCCGAGAAGGACUCGGCCUUCCGCGGCCUCUGCCUCAUGAUUGCCGCCAACCCGGACGGUGCCACUGAGAACUUUCCGCUCGUCUGCGGUGCCAUUGCCUCGUGGAAGUCGCCGCCCGACGAUCUGCGUGAAAUGUUUGGCCAGAUCCUCUUUGCCUUUAAGUCAUCGAUGGACCUCGCCAACUGGGCCGAGUACUACGCCAACUUUCCGCCCGACCUCAAGGACACCCUCUUCAACUUUUACGGCCUCAACUGAGUGCUUGACCGUCGUGAGCCCGGGGGGCCAGCGGCCGAGGGUUCGAUGCCAGCAUCUUGCUUGGCCAAAAGAGGCUCAUCCACCGUAGCGUGGUCCUCGUACUCUGCCCCGGCCUCUGCCCAGGCGCUCGUGCCCACCGAGUCAGAUUCGCCCACAGGGUGUCACUAUCCACUGGCCGGCCAUCAGCCAG